UCACACUGACCCAGCCACUUAAACUUCUCUAUGUUCAACACUUGAACUCUCAGUUCCAAGGAUAACCUUAUCCCAAAAUCUCAAAUCCCUACACCCCCAAACCUUAACACAAUUUCUAACAUCAAAUUUUUAUGGUACUAAUUCCUUCAUUCCAAUGACUUUUUGUAAUUUUUCUAAGCAACAAAUCUUCAUAGAUAAUCUAUCCCCUUUUCAUCAUCUUAAUCCUUAUUCUCAUCAAAACCCUAAAAAAAAUCACAUGCUACCUAAAAGCCUUUCACCCCCUUUGAUUUCUCUUCCAAUUCCAGACACCCAUUUUCCUCCUUCUUCUUCUAUUCAAUUCUCACCACAAAAAAUUUCUCCUUUUUUUCACCCUUAUGAUGAAUCCAAUGAGUUAAGAACUUUGAAUUCUGUCAAAGAAAUGCAUGCCCAGAUGGUUAAAAGCCCUAAAAAUGUUAACUUUACUACAAUGGAUGGAACCAUGAUGAGAAACUAUUUGGAGUUUGGUGAUUUUGUGUCAGCAAUAAAAGUGUUCUUUGUGGGUUUUGCCAGGAAUUAUCUUUUGUACAAUUCUUUUAUGGAAGAAUUUGAAAGUUUUGGAGGUGACCCAUUUGAGAUUCUGGUGGUUUUCAAUGAAUUGCAUAGUAAAGGUGUGGAAUUUGAUAGUAAAGCUUUCACCUUUGUUAUGAAAAUUUGUUUGGCUUUAAGAGAUUUAUAUGUUGGUUUGGAAAUUCAUGCUUGUUUGAUCAAGAAAGGGUUUCAUGAUGAUGUACACUUGAAUUGUGCAUUGAUCAAUUUCUAUGAGAAAUGUUUGAGUAUAGAUAAGGCAAAUCAAGUAUUUCAUGAGACUCGAUAUCAAGAAGAUUUUUUGUGGAAUACGGUAGUUAUGGCGAAUUUGAGGAGCGAGAAAUGGAAGAAUGCCUUAGAAUUGUUUGGUAAUAUGCAGAGAGUUUCUGCAAAGGCUACUCCUGGUAUCAUUGUUAAGAUGUUGCAAGCAUGUGGAAAAUUAAGAGCUCUCAAUGAAGGAAAACAGCUUCAUGGGUAUGCUUUAAGAUUUGGACUAGUUUCGAAUACUUUAGUUUGCAAUUCCAUUAUUAGUAUGUACUCUAGAAACAAUAGAUUUGAACUAGCUAGAGCAGUUUUUGAUUCGAUGGAGGUUUGUAAUCGUAGCUUAUCAUCUUGGAACUCGAUAAUUUCGAGUUAUACGGUUGAUGGUUGUGUGAGUGAUGCAUUCGAUGUUAUCGUCAAAGAAAUGAAGUGUUCUGGUGUUAAACCUGAUAUUAUAACUUGCAAUUCGGUUUUGUCGGGUUAUGUUCUUCAGGGGUCAUACGAAAAGGUUCUCACUAGUUUUCGGAGCUUGUGUUAUGCAGGCUUCAAGCCAGAUUCAUGCUCGGUAACUAGUGCUCUAAAGGCAGUUAUUGAAUUAGGUUUGUUUAAAUUCGGGAAAGAAAUCCAUGGUUACGUAAUGAGAAGUAGUCUUAACUGUGAUGUCUAUGUUUGCACUACAUUGGUGGAUAUGUAUGUUAAGAAUGAUUGCUUAGAAAAGGCUCAUGCAGUGUUCCGUCACGCGAAGAACAAAAAUAUCUAUACCUGGAAUUCAUUGAUAUCAGGUUACUCCUUCAAGGGACUGUUUGGUGACGCCGAAGAACUAUUGAAUCAGAUGGAGGAGGAAGGGAUAGAACCUGAUUUGGUGACAUGGAAUUGUUUCGUUUCAGGUUAUUCAAUGCGAGGCCGGAUCAAGGAAGCUUUGGCUGUGAUGAAUCGGAUCAAAAGUUCUGGAGUUACUCCUAGUGUGGUGUCUUGGACUGCUUUGAUAUCAGGAUGUUCUCAAAACGGGAAAUACACCAAUGCCCUACAGAUUUUCAGCAAAAUGCAAGCCGAAAAUGUAAAACCUCACUCGGCAACGAUUUGCAGCUUACUUCGUGCAUGUGCAGGACUGUCUCUGUUGAAGAAAGGCGAAGAGAUUCACUGCUUUAGUAUGAGACUUGGGAUCGCAGAUGAUAUAUACGUUGAAACAGCGCUCAUUGAUAUGUAUAUUAAAGCAGGAAAAUUAGAAGUAGCACAUAAUGUUUUUAGCAAAAUUCAAGAGAAAACGCUUGCUUGUUGGAAUUGCAUGAUGAUGGGACAUGCUAUACAUGGCCAUGGUGAAGAGGUAAUGAUUCUCUAUGACAAAAUGCGCGAAAAGGGCAUUAGACCUGACGCGAUAACAUUCACAGCUCUUCUAUCUGGCUGCAAGAAUUCAGGUUUAGUCGAUGAAGGAUGGAAAUUCUUUGACAGUAUGCAAGAAGAUUAUAAUAUUAUUCCAACGAUUGAGCACUACUGUUGCAUGGUAGACCUUCUUGGAAAAGCUGGUUUUCUUGAUGAAGCUUCAGAUUUCAUCAAAACUAUGCCAAUAAAGCCGGAUGCGAGUAUUUGGGGUGCUCUUCUUAAAGCCUGCAGAAUUCACAAAAACAUUAAGCUAGCAGAGAUUGCAGCAGAGAAGCUUUUCAAGAUGGAACCGAAUAAUUCUGCUAACUACGUGUUGAUGAUGAAUUUAUAUUCGAGUUUAAACCAAUGGGAUGACGUGGAACGUGUUAAAUGCUUGAUGAUUGCUUUGGGGAUGAGAAGUCCACCUGUUUGGAGCUGGACACAAGUUAAUCAGCGUAUUCAUAUGUUUUCGACAUAUGGAAAACCACAUCCAGAACAAGGAGAAAUAUAUUUCGAGCUAUAUCGAUUAAUUUCCGAGAUACAAAAUCUUGGUUAUGUAGCUGAUCUCAGUUGUGUAUGUCAUAACAUUGAUGACAAUGAGAAAGAGAAGAUUCUUCUGAGUCACACAGAGAAGUUGGCAAUGGUAUAUGGAGUAAUGAAAAUGAAAGGUGGAUCACCAAUUAGGGUUGUUAAGAACACGAGAAUUUGUUGCGACUGUCAUACAGUUGCAAAGUACAUUUCUUUGGCUCGAAAUUGCGAGAUUUUACUUAAAGAUGCUGGCCGUUUUCACCAUUUUAAGGACGGAAAAUGUGCCUGUAAUGAUUGUUGGUAAAAAGAGACUAAACAGAAAAACUUUAAGCAUUUUACUCUUGUUGCGGGCGAGUCUUUGCGCAACAGUAAGAUUGAUGCCUUGUGAUAGAAGGUUUAUGAGUUCAAAUUCUGAAAGCGACCUCUUCAUAGGAAAAAACUUGAUCCGUUUCUUGAUUUUGUUGAGGGCGAGCGUUGUUGCAAAAACUUGAUCCGUUUCUUGCUCUUGUUGAGGGUGAGUCUUGGCGCAACGGUAAGGUUGAUGCCUUGUGACAGAAGGUUUACGAGUUCCAUUUCUGAAAGCAACCUCUUAGAAAAAAACUUGAUCUGUUCACCUUAAAUAGUUUACUUCUUCAGCAAGUCACAUAAUGAAAAGGUUGGAACAGAUACUUUACUUGGGAGUCAACAACAUCAUCAUCAGGAUACCAUGCAAGUUAAGUUACAAACAUCUACCAGACUACAAUUUGUGACUCAGAUAUUGAUUUUCCCAACAAGUGCUAUAGAGCUUUGGUUCAGUAGGAUAUUAAAUUCUGAGUAUGUUAACCAUUUGCAAUAUUGUAUGAUUUACAACAUAAAAGAAUUGUGAUAUCGUACAUCCUACACACAUGAAAGUGGUAUGCAUAAAAUAAUUGUACCGAUUCAUGCAACAACAGUUUAUCCCAUUAAGUGAGGUCGGCUUCGUAGAUUAACUUUGGUCAUUAUGUUCUAUGCAAUACCAUGAUUUUAUCGUUCAUCUCGAGAACUUUUUUAAUAAAUUCUCAUAUUGUUUUGAAACACUUUCUUAAUAGAGGCAUUUUUCUUCCUUAUAAAAAGGCAACAAAAGAAAAGGACAAGUUGAGUUUAAGGUACUUGCAAUACUUGAAAGAAGA